AUGGCCGCAUCCGAGGACGGCAGCAGCUGCCUUGUGUCGCGGGGCCGCUCGCAGAGUGACCCCAGCUUCCUCAGCGACUCCUCAGCCACCUCCACGGACGCCGGGGAGAACCCAGAUGAGAUGGACCAAACUCCCCCAGCACGCUCAGAGCCUCUGGUCUCAGGGAUUCGAACUCCCCCUGUGCGGAGGAACAGCAAGCUGGCCACCCUGGGCAGGAUCUUCAAACCCUGGAAAUGGAGGAAAAAGAAAAAUGAGAAGCUGAAGCAGACGACGUCAGCACUGGAGAAGAAGAUGGCUGGCAGGCCAGGCCGGGAGGAGCUCAUCAAGCAGGGGCUGCUGGAGAUGAUGGAGCAAGAUUCUGAAAGUAAGGCAUGCAGUCCCAAGGAAGGCUCCCAACCUGCGCAGAGUGAGCCGCCGCCCGCUGGUGAGCAGGAGACGCUGACCUCGGAGGGUGUCCAGCCUAGAAGCCCCUCGGCCAGUGGAACAGAUCAGGCCUCCCAGGAUGAGCUGCUGUCCUCUGAUGCCCAUCUGGAUGACACAGCCAAGAUACCGUCUGCAUCCAGUGGGGAAGAAGCAGAUGCUGGCAACCUCCUGCCCACCACUGAUGAGCCCUCUCAAGCCUUAGCUGGGUCUGACUCCCUGGACAGUCCUCCCAGAUCCCUGGAGAGAUCUGCAAGCCAGCUCCCCAGCCCUCCACUGCUGCCCACCCCACCACCCAAGGCCAGCUCUAAAGCCACAAAAAAUGUCACAGGUCAAGCUGCGCUCUUCCAAGGCCCCAGCAUGAAGAACAAUGAGCCGGCUCUCAGAGGACAGCUUGCCACCCCCACAGGGUCCCCUCAUCUCACCACUGUCCACCGGCCACUGCCCCCCAGCCGCGUCAUAGAGGAGCUGCACAGGGCACUGGCCACGAAGCACCGUCAGGACAGUUUUCAAGGGCGGGACUGCAGAGGGUCUCCAAAGAAGCGGAUGGAUGUGCGCCUGUCCAGGACGUCCAGCAUGGAGCGGGACGAGGCGUGGAGCUUUGACGGGGCCUCAGAGAACAAGUGGACGGCUACCAAAGACUCUGAGGAGAACAAGGAGAAUCUGAUGCUGAGCUCCGAGCUCAAGGAUGACUUGCUUCUGUAUCAGGAUGAGGAGGCACUCAAUGACUCUAUCAUCUCCGGAACAUUGCCGAGGAAGUGCAAGAAGGAGUUGCUGGCCGUGAAGCUGAGGAACCGGCCGAGCAAGCAGGAGCUGGAGGACCGGAACAUCUUCCCCAGGAGGACCGAUGAGGAGAGACAGGAGAUCCGACAGCAGAUAGAGAUGAAGCUGUCCAAACGGCUGAGCCAGAGACCGGCCGUGGAGGAACUGGAGAGAAGAAAUAUCCUGAAACAAAGGAAUGAUCAGACCGAGCAAGAGGAAAGGAGAGAAAUCAAGCAAAGACUAACAAGAAAGCUUAACCAGAGACCCACUGUUGAUGAAUUGAGAGACAGAAAAAUUCUGAUCCGUUUCAGUGACUAUGUGGAAGUAGCAAGAGCACAGGACUAUGACAGGAGGGCAGACAAGCCCUGGACAAGACUGUCAGCAGCAGAUAAGGCAGCAAUUCGUAAAGAAUUAAAUGAGUAUAAAAGUAACGAAAUGGAGGUACAUGCAUCCAGCAAGCACUUGACAAGGUGA